CUCUCUCUCUCUCUCCCCCUCCUCAUUCUCUUUCUCCCCCACUCUCUCUCCUUACAGCGGCACUUGUUGAAUUCAACCCUUGGAGAAUAGAGAGAGGGGGGAGAAACAGAGAGAUAAUGACAGGGAGGCAGAGGGAGGCUUUGAGGCAGCGCUAGAACAGACAGUGAGCAGAGAAAGAAUGGGGCUUUGGAGGAUAUAGAGAUAGAGAAGAUAGGCAGGCAGAGGAAAAAGUCAGUCAGACAGCAGAGAGAGAAUCAUUUUUGAGACAGUGGGAAUGACACUUUAAGUGAAAGAGAGAGUCGGCCAGACGGAGUGCAUCAGAGUGCUCUCCUUCCAUCUCUAACUACUCCUCUUCUGUCCUGGUCCGGUCUGCUGCUGGGGUGUUAGUGUGUGUAAAGUCUACAUGGUGUGUUUUAACCAGAAGACUGGCUAACACAGGUCAGAAGUGUCUGGGAUAACAGUGGGCGCUUUUUUCUGCAAUUUGCACGUGUGAGCAUUUUUUUGUGAAGGAACGUCGUGUGCUGGUUUCUCCAGAUGCCUCUCUCAGUGGCGGAUUCUGCAGUAAAUAUCUGAAACCCCAUCUUUCUCUUCUUCUGCGGCCAACAUGUCCCAACUGCUCCAUGUGGAGAUCCCAAACUUUGGAGCCACAGUUCUGGGCUCCCUCAAUGAGCAGCGCCUGCUGGGACACUACUGCGAUGUGUCCAUCCUGGUCAAAGGUCAGGCUUUCAAAGCCCACCGGGCUGUUUUGGCUGCCAGCAGCCUCUACUUUCGUGACCUCUUCAGCAGUUCAACCAAGAGCCAAUUUGAGUUGCCCUCCUCAGUCACACCUGCUUGCUUUGAGCAGAUCCUCACUUUCUGCUAUACAGGGAAGCUAACAAUGGCCGCUAGUGAACAGCUGGUGGUUAUGUACACAGCUGGCUACCUCCAAAUUCAGCAUAUAGUUGAAAGAGGCAUGGACCUAAUGUUUAAGGCAAACUCACCUCACUGUGACUCGCAGACAGCAGGGUCUUUAGAGGAAACAGGAUCCGAGCCACAGAGUCCUUGUAAUAAUGGAAACGGCUUAGCCGUGGCUGCCCUUUUGGGAACCCCCGGCUGGUCUCCAUCCCUACUCCUGCCACAGCGUAAGAUUAAACUAGAAGGGGGUGACCCAACACCCCUCACAAUACCUAUGACGCAAAGCAAGAUCUCCUCUUCAGAGUUGGGGAGUCGGUUGGCGAGGGCCAGUUCCCUGUUCUACACGACGGCUGGUGGGACCGCUAUACCCGGUAUGCCUUCGUACCACAUUCAAGGGGCUGGGGCUGGUGGGGGUGGAGCAGGAGGAGGAGUUGAAAGGUCAAGUCCUGGAGCAUCCAGCCUGCCAACCACUGACAGUCCUACAUCCUACCAGAAUGAGGACGAGGAGUUUGAAGAAGAGCCAUAUGAUGGGAUCACUGAGGAUGCCUACAGUCAUCUCUAUGGACGUUCGGCUAACCCCUAUGGGAUCCAGGAUAAGCCAGAGAUGGCUUCGAUGCCCUUGGCCUUGGAAAGUCGCAACUGCGUGCUGAUCCGCAGGGACCUGGUGGCGCUGCCUGCAAGCCUCAUCAGUCAGAUAGGCUACCGCUGCCACCCUAAGCUCUACACUGAGGGGGACCCUGGGGAGAAGCUGGAACUGGUAGCUGGUACACAGGUUUUCAUGACUCGAGGACAGCUGAUGAAUUGUCAUCUAUGUGCUGGUAUCAAACACAAAGUCUUGCUUCGCCGCCUGCUUGCCACAUUCUUUGAUAGAAACACUUUAGCCAAUAGCUGUGGGACAGGAAUCCGUUCUUCUACUAGUGACCCCAGUAGAAAACCCCUGGACAGCAGGGUCCUCAACGCUGUCAAACUCUACUGUCAAAAUUUCAACCCUAACUUCAAGGAGAGUGAAAUGAAUGUGAUUGCUGCUGACAUGUGCACAAAUGCGAGGCGUGUCCGAAAGCGGUGGCUGCCCAAGAUCAAGUCCAUGCUGCCUGAUGGCAUGGAGGUGUACCGUGCAGGAAUGGGCAUGGGUGCUGCUGUGGGUCUAGGCCUUGCACUGGGUGCCUCUCAACCAGGGGUGCCCCUCCCAUUCGAGGCAGACUUCAAGGCCCUAGAGCCAAGGUUGUUUCCUGAUCGCAAGGACCCUCUCAGGACUCACGCACCGCUGAUGGAGGACAGUCCCAGGGCUGGGGCGGCUGGAGCAGAGGCUGAAGGUGGAGUCCAAGAGGAGCAGGAGGAAGAUGAGGAUGAAGCUGGGUUAGAAGGUGUAGACGGAUCAAUUGGGGCGCCAACUUUGAUCACAGGAGCUGAGGCAGGCCACUGUGGCGACACGCCGCCAGAGCAGGAAGUGGAAAAUUUUGGACAAGGUCUGCGGGUGAACGGACAGUGAAUGACGUUUUGGGCUGCCUCUCACAUUGUGAAAUCUGUUUAACAGCACAUUUUCUUUUGCUUGUUCUCUUACUCAACAUCUCGUCCACCACUCUUUCUUCUCCUCUGUGCUUCCUCAACAGGAAUUAAUUCAGCACAAUAGCUGCGCUCGUAGAUCUUAAUAUAGGCAUUCAUCACACAUGCAUGCGCACACGUGUGCUUGUUAACACGCAUACUUACUGAUUGUAGAAGUAGAUCACUCAUAGUAGAAGUAGACACAGGCAUGGCAUUAGCAUAUUAAGGAAAUCAACCCUUUUUUGCUCCUCCUUUUUCUUGGUAUAUUCAGUAUUUACCCGGUUGUUUCGGCACCUGCAGCAAUAUUACAAAGGCCCGAUAGCAGAACAAAUGUCUGGAAUGAUUCAUGAUAUCAGUGCGAUACAAAAGCAACAGCUGCUUUGCUGGCGUAUUAGGGUUAGGGUUAAUUGCAUGUAAAACUAUUCUGUUUCCUUGAAAAGCCACAUUCGAGAAUAACCCAUGUCACCUUGGGAGAAAUAGAGAAAUGAUCAAAAGAUCAGGGAAACAAAGCUUUUUUAAAAGCAGCUUAUUUUUGUUGUAUUUGUAUGAAUACAAUGAUUAUUUUAUUAUAAAAGGUCAAGUUCUGCAUUACCACCAUUAAACAGAACAAAUUGUACUUCCUUUUAUAACAUGGGGUCAUUUUUAGGAAAAAGACGAGAAGUUCUCCACAGUCAAACAAAUAAUCUAUCACAUGAAAUGUAGUUUUCAUGCAUAUUUGCCCGUUACAUAUUGGAUUAGAUUCUCAAUGUGAUGCCUGUGUCUGCUCCAGACUGCCUCACCGAGCCACACACACAUAAACAUCAGCACACACACACACACACACACACACACACACAAGCCCACAUCUCUCACCUUAUGAAACUUAGCCUUUAAUAUCAAAAAUACACUGUCCAAAAAAGGCGCAACAACGCUUUUUCAGUUUUGAAAAAUCCUUUUGGAUAACAUCAUUCUGUUUUGGAGGCAGUCGGAGAGAGACAUUAACAAGAGCGUGUGUUAAAUCCAAGCGUGCAUGCCUGCAAACAAUGAAUACAGAGAAUUAUGGAAAACAACAACAAAGCUACACACCUGCAUCUAAAUAAUAACUGCUCCUAUUGCCUCACGAUAUGCCAUGAAAGGACUUUUGUCCAUUUUUCACUUGGAUCUGUCCUCAGUCUGACACCUGUUAGAACUGACCUGGGACGAACACAGGAUCGACUGUGUUAAACACAGGACCCAUUGGAUCUGCUUUUUUAACUGCAGAGCGUGCUUUGACAACGGGUAGAGGAGACUGAACAUAUAGAGUGGUGAGAGGAAGCGCACUACACUGAGUGGCAAAGGAGCGAAGCACUGUUUCACCUUCAUGUGGUCGUCUGAUUGACUACAUAGUCUUGCUUCCAUUCUUUUUUUUGUUUUUCCUGGAGGGGUUGGGGGGUAAGUUAUUGAAUAAAACGUAUAAGAGCAAUUCUGCUGGCUAUUUGCAUUUGCACUCAAAACAAAAGGGUGGGAAACUAUGGAGUUUUGGCAAAAUGUGACUAUUAAAGACUGAAAAUGUCCUCCACAUCACAGUGAUUGUUUAUUUGAGAUUGUGGGUUUGUAAAGAGAAAACUGUUCGUUCUAAAGAAGAACGGUUUCUAUAUUUUGGAAGGGGGGUGGGGGUGAAGCAAUGUCCGACAGGGACUAAAAACCUGUAAUUUUUUUUAUAUCUUUCGGCUGUUCAUGUUCUUGCCACGCAUAUGGGACUUAGUCCAAAAAGCCUUCCUUUGUUGCAUUUACUUUGAGAGAUACACUGUUGUAUGUUUUUUUUCUGUUGUUGUGUUAAAGAACAUUAAUUCCAAAAGUCAGACCAUCAAAAUCAGUGAACCCCAAAGUUAUUGGAAAAAUCACACUUUUCCACUGCAAAUUUGAUGGCAUAAAUUGACUAGCAAGCAAACAUACAAUAUUGCCCCUGAUGUAUUUGAUCUGUUGGUUUUUGCUUCAGUGCUGUGCCACCUCAAAUGUUGUGUUUACGUGUCAUGUUUAGGAUUCUUUAUGAGAGGCUUUAAGAUGGCCCUGCACAAGAAACACAGGGUUAUAAUUGCACUAGGUAAUAAUAAUGAUGACGUUUACAGAAUCUAGUAUGUUUUUCUUUUUUCUUUUCAAAGACAUGGAGUCCACCAUGGAUAAAACAGGGCUGUGAUUGAAUGGCUGAGAUGAUGAAUGAAUGUAAACUGUAGCACUGUUCUGGCGAAAGGUCGAAUCCUUGAUUAGUAAAUACUAGGGAUGCACCGAUACAUCGGUGAAACAUCGGCAUCGGCCGAUGUUAGCCCUAUUUACCGCAAUCGGCACAUCGGUAAAAUAAGGUGACAUCACCGAUGGCAGUCGCCGAUGUUUAUGUUUUGCUACGUGACCGGGAAAAGUCGCGUUAGUGUCGUUGUUUUUAAAUCUGAAAAUCAGGGCAUCAUUUUGAAGGAUUAUAUCAGUGACUGUAGGUCUGCCGUAACUUUAAAGUCAUUUGUCGUCCUGCAGAUACCCGUGUAGCGACAUUUUUGCAAUUGGUGCAUCCCUAGUAAAUACAUUUCUUUUUAUCUGACCCUCUUUUUCUCAUUUUCUAUAGUUGGCCAUGAAAAAAAACAGGCAGUUAUAUAACAUUAAGUUCGAUGGUGUUCAAAGUUUUAGUGAUUUUAAAACUGGUCUUCCAAAUUGGUAUUUCCCUUAAAUACUGAAAACUGAGCAGGGUUCGAUUACAGGCUUUAAUUUCUCUUAAAUACUAUUAUGUUUUUAAUCCUAAUAUGAUCCCUAAUUUUGUUUGAACAGUUUUACAUUUAUGGAUGUCUUUAAUGUUCAAAUGACAUAUGUGUUGACAAAACAGAAAAAUUGUGACGUUUCCUUUGAUAACUUUUAAAACCUAGUGACCUUUAUCAUGUUUUUAUUUUAAUUUUAUUAAACUUCACUUCCUUUGGUUGCUCUUGCAGGAAAAUUAAGAUAUUUAGUUCACGAUUGGCACCACUAGCUUAACUUGCAGGGCUUUAUGAUAGGAUCACCUGCACUUCUUCGACGGGUGGGUAGUUAUUUUGUGAGAUGAACCUUUAUAUUCAAAGACAAACUAGACAAAAUAUUAUGCCAACAUGUUUUUUCUUUACGGAAAUUGGUCUUUAAGAACCUUUGCUCAGUAAAAUGUACUUUUUAUUUUAUUCACUCACUGUCUUGCUUAAUGUUUGCCAUAUUUAAUUAUAUACGGGUAUAUGGUUAACCCAUUAUAACAGAUUAACUGCAUUUAGAUGCAUUGAACAGUUAAUUUGUAACUACCAUCCUAGAAUGAUCUCCUACAUUAUUUAUAAGAUUGACAGACAUCCCUAAAAAGUAUACCAAAAAUCUAAAGUAUUCACGUGUUCAUAUUUAAUAUCAAGCAAUCUUAUAAGGGGCUAGUGUCCUCAACAAGACAUUCCCACUUACAUGAAACAUUUUACCAUUUGUUUUUCCAUUCUGCAUUCAAAUUUCUGCUUGUUUACAGUUAGUCUGCCUUACUGGAAAUAUGUCUGUCUCCUUCCUUGCCAACAAAAAAAACAAACCUUUUUAUGGAAAUCUUGUCUGGUUUCUGUUCUGCUUAGUCUUUUUUUUCUUUUCUUGUGCAGGGCAAAUUUAAAAUGAAUGAUGUUGCACUAUAAACUGAGAUAUUCUCAGAGAAUGUCAUGGGUAACCUUUGGUAGGGUGAGCUCUUUGAGGUGGCCUAAAGAAAAAGUCCUGUUAAAAUGUAUGUACUGUUAUGUAUUUUACAUACUGUAUAUAUUUGAUUGAAACCAGGUCUCCUUCACAAAAAAUUCUGAAUUGAUGAAAACCAUGUUCUUUGAAUAUUUUUGGAAAUGUGUCUUUUGCAAUAUCUGCCAUUCACCUGGAUGAUCAUUGACAAUUACAAGAAAAGAGAUAGGAAGGGAUUGUUAGUUGAAAAGAAACUGUUUUCCAAUUUCUUUGCAAAUAAAUUGUUACUUACUUUCUAAAACCUUAGUGCUCUGUUCAUCCCCCAUAACAGUAAACCAUAUGGGCACACUAGUGCCAUUGGUUUUUCCAGGAAACAAUCCAUGUAUAUGCAAAGAGGCUCUUGUGUCAUAUAAUGCAUGCCAUUCAGAAACUCACUUUAACCCAAUGAAACCUCUGAUCUUUAUGCACCAUGUAUUUUAUGCUGAAUAACUGUUGUCACUGUUAGCAAACAAAGACUGUGGAGUCCUGCAAUGAGUAGGGUUGUGCUUUUAUCACACCCUGGCCUUUUUUUGAAUGUCAGUGUCAAGUUUAAUAUUCUUUAAAAAUGACAGCAGAGUAGUGAUAAAGAGUGGAAAACAUAAACUAACUACCCAGUUGAGUGUGCAUUUGAACCUUCUGCAGACUCAGAAAAAAUGCACUAAACGUUUGUAUGUGUCCUUGAACAUAAUGCCAGCACUUUAGAACUACUUAGAAACAAAGAGAGAAAAGAGUAACUGUGGGUUCGGUGAACGAGGAGAAAACGCAACUUUAAAAGCCAUGUGUUCAGAGCGCUGACAAUCAGAAUAGGGAUGAGACCCAAAGUGCAUUAUGGGAGAUCUGACAUGACUUGCUGUGCUCUUGCUGUUUGCUUUGUCUUUCUCCAGCUUGCUUUGGUCUGUGCUAGCUUACUUUCCAGAGUAGAGGGACUGGAUGAUGUUAACUCCAGCCUUCUUGGUUAAAAGUGUGUGCAACAAGAACUGACUAGAUUGGAUGAUACCUUGGUGCUUCGUGAACAGAGCUAUUCCAUGUUGACAUGGACAAUAUCUGUAAGGCUCUGGUAAGCAUGGCCCAAAUAGGUCCUUAGUCUGGGCAUAGUGGUAUCCUCUACAUGGACAACAGUCUUUAGGACAAAAGAGGAACCUAUCAUCAAGCCUGCACCUUGAUAAUGGUAAUGUACAUCAAUAUCAACAGGGCUUGGACCAGGCAAACUGGGAUCUGACAAUUUCAGUGUUGAUCUUGCUUUAUGUUUCAAAUUAAAAUGUUAAUGCGCCUUCUGUCUCAUGCAUCAAGAAUAUAUACAACAGAAAUGCAAGUUGCCACUUUUGAUGUUGCAUAAGAAUCUACCUUUCAUUCCCAUCAUGGUAUUUUCCAUCACCAGUCUCAAUUGUGUAGUCCAAGAGUACCUGAUUUCUUUAAAUGCAAUACAGAAAAAUCUGCUUUCUAAUAAAAGUCCUUACUUCACCAAAUA